CACACCUGGACACACCUCCACACACCUGGACACUCCUCCACACACCUGGACACUUACACACCUGUACCUGUGGUGUGUCCUCCUGAGUGCUCACCUGUACCUGUACCUGUGGUGUGUCCUCCUGAGUGCUCACCUGUACCUGUACCUGUGGUGUGUCCUCCUGAGUGCUCACCUGUACCUGUACCUGUGGUAUGUCUCCUCAGGUGAUGUGGACCGGGCUCCCCUGUCAGAACUUCCACCUGCUGCUGUGCUGUGCCAUCCUGGACUCAGAGAAGCAGAAGAUCAUGGAGGAGAACUACGGCUUCAACGAGAUCCUCAAGCACAUUAACGAGCUCUCCAUGAAGCUGGACAUAGAAGAGAUCCUUCAGAAAGCCGAAGGCAUCGGUCUGCAGAUCAAGAGCUGCAAGGACCUCCCCGCCUCCAUCAGCUCCAUCCCUCCAGCCCACUCUCCAGAGACAGCAGCGCUCAGAACGGCUGCUCACCAGCCUUCAUAUCAUAAGCACUGCCUCCAGAAGAACAGGACUGUCUAUUCCACCACAGAAGAAGAAGAGCAGGACUGUCUAUACCACCACAGAAGAAGAAGAGCAGGACUGUCUAUACCACCACAGAGAAGAAGAAGAGCAGGACUGUCUAUAUACCACCACAGAAGAAGAAGAGCAGGACUGUCUAUAUACCACCACAGAAGAAGAAGAGCAGGACUGUCUAUACCACCACAGAAGAAGAAGAGCAGGACUGUCUAUACCACCACAGAAGAAGAAGAGCAGGACUGUCUAUACCACCACAGAAGAAGAAGAGCAGGAU